CUGGCGCUUCUCUGUCUCUUUCAGUACGAUCGAUGUACAGACGUAGGACGGCGGUAAUGUCCGGCUCCAAAAGAUCCUUCCUUGCAGAUUUCAACUGCUGUGCCGCGAGGGAUUCGCGCUGACUCUGAUUUCGCCUCUUGUUCGAUCUUCUCGGUGGAAAGUUUCUAGAGAUCGAUCGCAUUCGAGAUCUCCACCGGAGGUCCUACCGAGGUCUGUCUGUCAUUUACUCCCCUUUUUGCUGAUCAAGCAGUGAAAUUCCGAAAAAAAGUGUUGUUGUUUCUAGUGUGCUUUCCUGAUCGCGAGAAUCGAUCCGAUCCGAGCAGCGACGAUCGGGAAAAGGCGAUUCCUUGAACAUAAAAUCUCUGGUUCUUCUUCUAUAUUUUGUAAUGUUAACCUACAAGUUCGCAUGAUCGAUCUAAGAAACUUAGCUCGCAGUUCUUGCAGAGUAAUGAAUGAGCUUUAGGGUUGCUGUAAAUGGCAUCGUUAGUCCCGGGCGUCCUUAUCAAGCUCCUGCAGCAUAUGAAUACUGAUGUGAAGAUUGCCGGAGAGCACCGUUCAUCCCUUCUUCAAGUCGUGAGUAUUGUGCCUGCUCUUUCUGGAAGUGAUCUCUUCGCCAACCAAGGGUUUUAUCUCAAGGUCUCUGAUUCUUCCCAUGCAACAUUUGUUUCCCUGCCCGACCAGCACAAUGACCUUAUCUUAAGUGAUAAGAUCCAACUCGGUCAAUUCAUUCAUGUCGAUCGCCUCGAGGCAGGCUCUCCGGUUCCCACUCUUAAGGGUGUGAGGCCUCUUCCUGGUCGUCACCCCUGUGUUGGCAACCCUGAGGAUCUUGCUGCCACCAGUUCUCUUUGUAAUUUUCUCGCCAUGGACAAACUGAAGCCACUCGACGACUCAAAGAACAGCAAUAACACAUCUACAGAGAAUAAUAAGACACAGGAAGCAGAAAGAAGAAGGAUCUCGCUUACUAAGUCUAGGUCUCUGCUCUUGAAACUACCAGUCAAUGGCAAAUUGGACAAGAAGGGCACGAGUGCCGGAUCAAGAUCAACCAACUCAAGGUUAUUACCUUCAUCUCCGAGCUGUGUCUAUUCUUUGCCUGCAUCUUUUGGGAAUUUCUCUAGCGAGAUUAAGAGGCAAGCAAAAGCUAAAGGAGUACAGAAGCCGGCAUCAUCAUCAAGAGUGAGUCUGUUGGAGAAGGCAGCUUCGAUGUUGAAAGGAACAUCUGCUGGUAGGAAGUCUACUUCAGCAAAUUUCCUGGCUCCAACCAUUGAAUUAGGACCCAAAGCUUUGAGAAAGAACUGGGAAGAGAAUCUGGACACGAAGAUCCCUGGACGGAAAUCAUCAAAAAAUGAGAAAUCUUUACCUAAGGAGGAUAGCAAGAUUCAAGCUCCUGCAGCUGCAGAGGAUUCCGGUAAAACAACUAAACAGAGUCCUGUUAACAUUCCAAGUCUUGGUAACUUGGUGAAGAUCGAAACAACUAAAAGAAAGUGGACAGAUGGUGGUGUUCCAUGGCAGUCACUUCCAUCGUCUCUAGCAAAACUGGGGAAGGAGCUCUUCAAGCAUAGGGAUGCAGCGCAACAGGCUGCUGUAGAGGCUUUGCAAGAAGCUUCUGUCGCAGAGAGCUUGAUCCGUUGCUUAAGCAUGUAUGCGGAGGUCAGUGGCAGUGCCAAGGAAGAAAAUCCGCAGCCGGCCGUGGAGCAGUUUCUGGCCUUCGAUUCCUCCCUAUCGCGUGCCGCGAGCGUUGCCGACUCUCUUUCCAAGUUCAGGUCUCAAUUGGUAGCUGGAACGUCGUCGGACGCAGUAGCCGCUGGCCAAGUUAAAGAAGAAGCACUAAAAAUCUCCACCAGGAACCGCCGCCGCGUCGCUGCCUGGGUCGACGCCGGCCUCGCCACUGAGCUCUCCCACUUCUCCCUCUACAACCGCAGGAACCCCUCCGCGGCCUCUUCUGCGACGGUGGCGACUGUCGUACUCGAGGUUGUGUCGAAGACUUCCCCGGCAGCGGCGUCUGCGACCUCCAAGGCCUCGCUCCAGUCGAAAUCGAGGUUGUCCGCGGCGCCGUUGGGCAAUGGGAAGACGCGGGGGCUGGCGCCACCGUCGCCGCUGCCAGAAUGGGAGCGCGGCAGAGGGCUGGAAGAGGGGGCGGAGUUGGCGCGAGCGCUGAAGGAGGACGCGCAGUCAUGGUUCCUGGCGUUCGCGGAGAGGUUCCUCGACGCGGACGCGGCCGCCCUGGUGCCGUCCGAUCGGGAGCAGGUGGCCGCCAUGCUGCCGCUGCUCAAGAAGGUGAACGACUGGCUGGAGACGAUCGACCAACAGAGGAAGGAGGGAGAGGCCGACUUGGAAGAGGACGCGGAGGAAGGCGAGGGUCCCACCGGCGUGCCGCCGGAGACGGUGGAGCGACUGCGGAAGAAGAUCUACGAGUACCUCCUCACCCACGUUGAGUCGGCCGCCGUAGCGCUCGGCGGCACGGCCCCGGCCGCGGCGCCGCCCCAACCUGCGGCGGGGAGCGGAGGGCGGCCGAGGCGGAAGGGAUGACAGAUCGGCAGGCGCCGGAAUGAUGAAGCGUUGAAACCUUUUUAGGUUCAAUGCCUUUUUACUCUCCGAAGAAGGGCAGGUUAAUCGCGGGUCGACCGUCGAAUAAUUACGAUGUGGGCGGAGUUUUUUUUCCGGAGGAUAAAUUGGAAAUUGAAAAAAAAAAAAGAUGAAUGGUAUAAAAGUUGAGAUAAUUUUCUUGUAUUUAUU